GAAAGCAGCACUGCUGCCUAAUCCCUCCAACAGCACACAUACUCUACACGGCAACUCCGGUUUUCAGCAGGUGCGUCAGUCAACUUGAAAGAGAGUUUUGCGUUUCAGUCACCUACACCACCAACUGGUGCCUCACUUGUCCCUGCUCUGGACUAUUUUCCUGUGGAAUAAAGUGGAGCAGAAAGAGCAGGAUUCCUGGUUGGUUAAAAGUUUUUGGAGCUUCUCCUUUCCAAGAGAGCCUUCACAUGGUGACUUCUGAUGUCAAGUAUUAACCUGAAGCCAUGGUCAUUCUGCAGCAGGGGGAUUAUGUGUGGCUGGACCUCAAAACUGGGCGGGAAUUUGAUGUUCCUGUUGGAGCUGUGGUCAAGUUGUGUGACUCUGGCCAGAUACAAGUGCUGGAUGAUGAAGGCAAUGAGCACUGGAUUUCACCUCAGAAUGCCACCAACAUUAAGCCCAUGCACCCCACUUCUAUCCAUGGCGUGGAGGACAUGAUCCGACUGGGGGACCUCAAUGAGGCUGGGAUACUCCGCAACCUGCUCAUCCGGUACAGAGAUCACCUCAUCUAUACCUACACAGGUUCCAUACUAGUGGCUGUGAACCCUUAUCAGCUGCUGCCCAUCUACACUGCGGAUCAGAUCCGUCUGUACACCAACAAGAAAAUUGGAGAGAUGCCACCUCACAUCUUUGCCAUCGCAGACAACUGCUACUUCAACAUGCAGCGUAACAACAAGGACCAGUGCUGCAUCAUCAGUGGGGAGUCUGGGGCUGGGAAGACUGAGAGUACCAAGCUGAUCCUUCAGUUCCUGGCUGCCAUCAGCGGCCAGCACUCCUGGAUAGAACAGCAGGUCCUGGAGGCCAACCCCAUCCUGGAAGCUUUUGGCAAUGCCAAGACAAUCCGCAACGAUAACUCCAGCCGUUUCGGAAAGUACAUUGAUAUUCACUUCAACAAGAGAGGAGCCAUAGAAGGAGCCAAAAUUGAGCAGUAUCUGCUGGAGAAAUCCCGAGUGUGUAGACAGGCUCGUGAUGAGAGGAACUACCAUAUAUUUUACUGCAUGCUGAAAGGAAUGACCCCAGAUCAGAAAAAGAAGCUGGGUCUGGGUAAAGCCACAGAUUACACCUACCUCACCAUGGGAAACUGCACGGUUUGUGACGGCCGCGAUGAUACGAAGGAAUACUCCAACAUCCGAUCGGCCAUGAAGGUCCUGAUGUUCACAGACACAGAGAACUGGGAAAUAUCAAAGCUGCUGGCUGCCAUCCUGCACUUGGGCAACCUGCGCUAUGAAGCACGGAUGUAUGAUAAUCUGGAUGCAUGUGAGGUGGUGCGUUGCCCUGAUCUCACGACGGCGUCAUCGCUGCUGGAGGUGGAUCGUCAGGACGUGAUGAAUUGUCUGACCAGUCGGACCCUGAUCACUCGCGGAGAGACUGUCUCCACUCCACUCAGCAUAAUGCAGGCUAUCGAUGUCAGGGAUGCCUUCGUAAAGGGAAUCUACGGAAGGUUGUUUGUGUGGAUAGUGGAGAAGAUUAAUGCUGCUAUUUACAAACCCCCGCCCUCUGAACCUAAAUCGGUGAGAAGAUCCAUUGGUUUGCUGGACAUCUUUGGGUUUGAGAACUUUACUGUAAACAGUUUUGAGCAGCUGUGCAUAAACUUUGCCAAUGAGAACUUGCAACAGUUCUUUGUGCGCCACGUCUUCAAGCUGGAGCAGGAGGAGUACAACCUGGAGAACAUCAACUGGCAGCACAUCGAGUUCACUGACAACCAAGAUGCUCUGGACAUGAUCGCCAUCAAGCCCAUGAACAUCAUCUCGCUCAUUGACGAGGAAAGCAAGUUCCCCAAGGGUACUGACACCACUAUGCUCUACAAACUGAAUUCCCAGCACAAGCUCAACACCAACUACAUCCCCCCAAAGAAUACUUACGAAACCCAGUUUGGGAUCAGCCACUUUGCUGGGGUGGUUUACUAUGAGACCAAAGGCUUUCUAGAGAAGAACAGAGAUACCCUCCAUGGUGACAUCAUUCAGCUGGUCCACUCUUCCAAGAACAAGUUCAUCAAGCAGAUAUUCCAGGCAGAUGUGGCAAUGUUUCUAUGUGGCUAUGGGCCUGGUGUGUUGGGUCAGCCCUCAACACCUCCUCCAAAGGGUGCAGAGACCCGAAAACGCUCCCCAACGCUCAGCAGCCAGUUCAAACGCUCGCUGGAGCUGCUCAUGAGAACGCUCAGUGUGUGUCAGCCCUUCUUCGUCCGCUGCAUCAAACCCAAUGAAUACAAGAAACCGAUGUUGUUCGACCGGGAACUGUGUGUGCGGCAGCUGAGGUACUCUGGGAUGAUGGAGACGAUCCGGAUUCGCCGUGCGGGAUACCCCAUCCGCUACACCUUUGUGGAGUUUGUGGAUCGAUACCGGGUCCUCAUGCCUGGAGUCAAGCCUGCCUACAAACAGGAAGAUCUGCGAGGGACUUGUCAGAGAAUAGCGGAAGCUGUGCUAGGGAGAGAUGAUGACUGGCAGAUAGGAAAGACAAAGAUUUUCCUCAAGGACCACCAUGAUAUGCUGCUGGAGAUUGAGCGGGACAAGGCCAUAACCGAUAAGGUCAUUCUCAUCCAGAAGGUUGUCCGCGGCUUCAAAGACAGGUCCAAUUUCCUGAAAAUCAGAAAGUCGGUGAUGCUGAUACAAAAACACUGGAGAGGGUACCACUGUCGGAAGAACUACAGCGCAAUGCGCAUCGGGUUCUCGCGGCUUCAGGCGCUCUACAGGUCCCGUAAGCUGUAUAAGACCUAUCAUGUGGCCAGGAAACGCAUUAUGGGCUUCCAGGCCCGAUGCCGCGGCUUCCUGGUACGUCGGGCCUUCAGGCACCGCCUCUGGGCUGUCAUCACCAUCCAGGCCUACGUCCGCGGCAUGAUCUCCCGGCGCCUCUACAAGCGGCUUAAAGGAGAGUACCGUCGGCGCUUGGAGGCUGAGAAGAUGCGCCUGGCAGAAGAGGAGAAGCUGAGGAACCAGAUGAGUGCCAAGAAGGCCAAGGCAGAGGCUGAGAAGAAACACCAGGAGCGUCUGGCUCAGCUGGCCCGCGAAGACGCCGAGAGGGAGAAGAAGGAGCGGGAGGAGGCGAGACGCAAGAAGGAGAUGGUAGAGCAGAUGGAGAAAGCACGACAAGAGCCUGUCAAUGACUCAGAAAUGGUGGACAAGAUGUUCGGCUUCCUAGGCACCACCAACUCCUUUCCAGGGCAGGAGGGACAGGCGCCGUCGGGAUUUGAGGACCUGGAACGGGCUCGGAAGGAGCUGGAGGAGGAGGACCUGGAUGAGGCGCUGCCCCUGCCGGAGGAGGAGCAGGAAGAUCUCUCCGAGUACAAGUUUGCCAAGUUCGCCGCCACUUACUUCCAGGGCACCACUACACAAACCUACAUCCGGCGCCCACUCAAGCAGCCUCUUCUUUUCCACGAGGACGAGGGAGACCAGCUGGCUGCCUUAGCCGUGUGGAUCACAGUGCUGAGGUUCAUGGGAGAUCUGCCUGAACCGAAGUAUCACACAGCCAUGAGCGAUGGCAGCGAGAAGAUCCCAGUCAUGACCAAGAUCUACGAGACCCUGGGGAAGAGGACCUACAAGAGGGAGCUGCAGGCCCUACAGGGGGAAGGAGAGAACACUCACAUUGACAGCCACAAGAAGAACAGUGUGCGCCACAAGCUAGUGUCUCUCACGCUUAAGAAAAAAUCAAAGUUAACAGAGGAGGUGACGAAGAGGCUGAACGAUGGAGAGCACAGUCUACAGGGCAACAGCAUGCUGGAGGACCGUCCCACCUCCAACCUGGAGAAGCUGCACUUCAUCAUCGGCAAUGGUAUCCUGCGGCCAGCCCUGAGAGAUGAGAUCUACUGUCAGAUCUGCAAACAGCUGACUCAGAACCCAUCGAAAAGCAGCCACGCCCGAGGAUGGAUCCUCGUGUCCCUCUGUGUGGGCUGCUUUGCCCCCUCCGAGAAAUUUGUCAAAUAUUUAAGAAACUUCAUCAGUGGCGGCCCACCUGGCUAUGCCCCGUAUUGUGAGGAGAGGCUGAGGAGGACCUUUGUGAAUGGGACAAGAACACAGCCACCCUCCUGGCUGGAGCUCCAGGCUACAAAGUCAAAGAAGCCCAUCAUGCUGCCUGUAACAUUCAUGGAUGGCACAACUAAGACUCUGCUGACGGACUCAGCCACAACCGCCAAAGAGCUCUGCAAUGCUCUCGCAGAUAAGAUCAACCUGAAGGACCGCUUUGGCUUCUCCCUCUACAUUGCCUUAUUUGAUAAGGUGUCUUCUCUGGGCAGCGGGAACGACCACGUGAUGGACGCAGUGUCCCAGUGCGAACAGUACGCCAAGGAGCAGGGAGCCCAAGAGCGCAAUGCGCCUUGGAGGCUCUUCUUCCGUAAGGAGAUCUUCACGCCCUGGCACAGCCCCAGUGAGGACAACGUGGCCACCAACCUCAUCUACCAGCAGAUUGUCAGGGGGGUGAAAUUCGGGGAGUACCGCUGUGACCGGGAAGAAGACCUGGCAGAGCUGGCCUCCCAGCAGUACUAUGUGGACUAUGGCUCAGAUGUGCUCCUGGAACGACUGCUCAGCUUAAUCCCUUCCUAUAUCCCUGACCGAGAGAUCAGCUCCUCCAAGACUGUGGAGAAGUGGGCACAAUUCAUCAUGGCAGCACAUAAAAAGGGAAUUUACACCCAGAAAAGAAUGGACCCCCAGAAGGUCAAGGAGGAAGUGGUAGAUUUUGCUCGAUUCAAGUGGCCUUUACUUUUCUCACGAUUUUAUGAAGCCUUUAAAUUUUCAGGCCCCAGUCUGCCAAAGAAUGAUGUGAUUGUGGCCGUGAACUGGACGGGGGUUUAUUUUGUUGAUGAACAAGAGCAAGUCCUCCUGGAACUCUCCUUUCCUGAAAUCACAGCGGUCUCCAGCAGCAGAGGAGGCAAGUUACAAGGACAAAGCUUCACUCUCGCCACCAUCAAGGGAGAUGAGUACACCUUCACCUCCAACAAUGCAGAAGACAUCCGAGACCUCGUCGUCACCUUCCUCGAAGGCCUGAGGAACCGGUCCAAGUUUGUGGUGGCUCUGCAGGACAACCCCAAUCCUGCUGGAGAUGAGUCCACAUUCCUGAGUUUUGUGAAGGGAGAUCUCAUCCUGUUGGACCAGGACACUGGGGAGCAGGUAAUGAACUCUGGCUGGGCUCAUGGCAUCAACGACAGGACCAAGCAGAAGGGCGAUUUCCCUGCAGACUGUGUCUACGUGCUGCCCACUGUCACCAGGCCACCGUCUGAGAUUGUGGCCUUGGUUACCAUGACACCUGACCAGAGACAGGAUGCCAUCAGGACAUCUCAGCUGGCUCUGGUAGACAGCGAGGAGAAAGUCAAGCCCUAUACACUAGAGGAAUUCUCCUAUGAUUACUUCAGACCGCCUCCUAAACACACUCUGAGUCGAGUCAUGAUCACCAAAAGCCGAGGGAAGGAUAAGCUGUGGUGUUGCACCCGGGAGCCCAUCAAACAGCCACUGCUGAAGAAGGUUCUGAACCACGAGGAGCUCUCCCAAGAGGCCUGCAUGGCCUUCAUCGCUAUAAUGAAGUACAUGGGUGACUACCCAUCCAAGCGCACACGCUCCGUGAAUGAGCUAACAGACCAAAUUUUUGAAGGUGCCUUGAAAGCAGAACCCCUCAAAGAUGAGAUCUUCUGCCAGAUACUCAAACAGCUCACUGAAAAUCAUGUCAAAUACAGUGAAGAGAAAGGCUGGGAGUUGCUAUGGUUGUGCACAGGUCUGUUUCCUCCAAGCAACAUGCUUCUGCCCCAUGUACAGAGGUUCCUUCAGUCCAGAAAAUACCACCCACUGGCUCCAGACUGCAUGCAGAGACUCCAAAAGGCUCUUCGAAAUGGAUCAAGGAAAUACCCUCCUCAUUUGGUGGAGGUUGAAGCCAUUCAGCACAAAACUACCCAGAUCUUUCAUAAAGUGUACUUCCCAGAUGACACUGAUGAGGCUUUUGAAGUGGAGUCAAGCACAAAAGCAAAGGACUUCUGUCAAAACAUCUCUAGCAGGUUGCUGCUCAAAUCACCCGAGGGCUUCAGCUUGUUUGUAAAGAUUUCUGACAAGGUGAUCAGUGUGCCAGAAGGUGAUUUCUUCUUUGACUUUGUGAGGCAUCUUACAGACUGGAUUAAGAAAGCCAGACCUGCAAAAGAUGGUAUCGUGCCUUCAUUGACAUAUCAGGUGUUCUUUAUGAAAAAACUCUGGACAAGCACAGUCCCUGGGAAGGACUCCAUGGCAGAUUCCAUAUUCCACUAUUAUCAGGAGCUGCCCAAGUACCUCCGUGGCUACCAUAAGUGCUCACGGGAGGAGGUGUUCCAGCUGGCAGCACUCAUCUACCGGGUCAAAUUUGAAGACGACAAGUCCCACUUUCCCAGCAUUCCCAAGAUGCUCAAAGAGCUGGUGCCACAAGAUCUGAUUCGUCAGCUCUCCCCAGAUGACUGGAAACGGUCCAUCGUAGCCUAUUUCAACAAGUUCGCAGGGAAGUCGAGAGAGGAGGCUAAGCUGAUGUUCUUAAAAAUCAUCUUCAAAUGGCCUACCUUUGGAUCUGCCUUCUUUGAAGUUAAGCAAACCACCGAGCCAAACUUUCCAGAGAUAUUGCUAAUCGCAAUAAACAAGCAUGGUGUCAGCUUGAUUGACCCAAAGAACAAGGAUAUCUUGACAACACAUCCUUUCACCAAGAUCUCCAACUGGAGCAGUGGCAACACGUACUUCCACAUAACCAUCGGAAACCUGGUGCGAGGAAGCAAGCUCCUGUGCGAAACCUCACUGGGCUACAAGAUGGAUGACCUGCUGACCUCAUACAUCAGCCAGAUGUUGACCACCAUGACCAAACAGCGGAGCGCUCGGGGCAGCAAUAAGUGAACUGAGAGAGAGCGCUGGCGCCAGGCCUUUGAGCUGCUGCGUCUGCUCCAGCCCCUGGGCAACCCAUGCAGCUGGGCCAGCACUUUCUCCGCCCAGCUGUGGAGCACGAGUCGCAGCUCCUCGCUGAGCUCCGCCGAUACGGACCCUGACGAGCACAGCCCCACCUCUCCGUCCAGCGAGGACGACUACCUCUGAUCCGCCCUUCCUCCGCCGGCCCUGCCCCACCCAGGAAGCUGGCGCAGACUGGCCAUCACUCUGUGCGUCACCUUGGCGUCCUCAGGGUACUGAAACGCGUUUUCAAACCUGUACAUCCAGAAAAUGUGAAAACAAAGCUCGCAUGCAAGGUGAUCUGGGCCACCAAUGUAUUUAACUUCCAAGUUGCAGAUUGAAUGGCUGCAGAGAGAAAAUUUGCCUUUUUUUUCAAGACUGGAAAAAGCUAUUCCUUGAAGUGUUUUCCAUGCAGACUGACAUUAGGGACGCUGGUACAAAUUAUUUUUUAAUCCCUGUAUAGGAAGCAGGAAGAUACUUUCAAAAUUGUACUGCUUUAAACAUCAGAGUUCGUUAGAACCCCUCAUUCAACAUUAGAAUUGCUCACUGAUUUCUGUAUGAAAUGGUUUUAGAAAGUUCAAAAGUAUAUUCUUUCUUGCUUUUACCUGAGCAGGGGCCCUGGUUAGAUAUCUUGGUCACUGAGGUCACUUCUGCAAAGCCUUAACUUUGAGAGGUUGGUAUUUUUCAAAUUUUUUGGGUUUCCAAUCUAAGUAAACUGAAAAGGUUUGGGCCCUCCCUAUGUUUUUAUUAUGAAAAUACAAAACAGCAUAAUUAGAAGUGUGAACAAAUAUUUCGAAUUGUUUAAUUUUGCAUUUCAUUUAACAGUAUUAGGAGGUUCAUUAAGUAAAACACAACUUUUGUUCCUUGUACACCGUUGUUUGUUUAGCAGUUUCCUUCAUUGCUACUACAGUUUUUUUCAUUGGAAUAACUGAUAUUUCAGUCUCUCAGUACUGUUUUCUGUCAAACAAGAAUCUAGUGCUAGCCCUCGCACGAGUGUACUGUUUUGUUAUACAUGCGCUAUUAAGAACAAAUAGCCUUACAAUGCCUGUCUGAGGCUGCUCAUGUUUAGCGCCUGAAUGAGAAAUUUAACAAUUGAUAGAGAUUUUCCACCAGUAAGUACUAUACUACUGAAUACUGUUUUUAAUAUUGUUAGACUAAACUAUUUCUUACAAUAUCUCCCACUUAUUCAGCAGUAUUACAAAAGCAAGUGCUGUAUCGGUUUACAUUAGUAAAUUUUAUGUUUACUCUAAAUCAACAGGCUAUUUUUAAAAAUGAAAAUAAACUGGGAUGAAAGCAAGUAACUGGCACUGAGCAUAGUAGCAAAUAUAGAGUAAUUUCUGUAUUGUAGAAAUAUAAGUUUGAAUUCACUAAUGGCCUUUGUAAUAACAGUUCAGUGUAAAACUGUGUUCUAACUUUGUCACCCACAAUGAACUUGUCAUAUAAUUUUGCCUCCUUUAAAACUGAUAAUUGUAAGAUUGAAUUCUGUCCAACACCGAAACACUUUCAAAAAAGCACAUUUCUGUUAUGACAGAUUUUUAAAACAAUAUUUCACAAUGCAGUCCAGGGUCUUGGGAGACAGAAAAACAAAAACAACAAAUGUAACAAAAGCAUUUUUUGUCUUUUGAAGUGUGACUUUGUAUAUGUGGUACUGAAUUUUUUUUUACUAACAAGUACAAAUUAUUAUUGCGCUUGGACCAAAUCACUUUUAUACUUAAAACUGCUGUAUUACCUUCAACGGCAGAUACAAUUGUCUUGUUUAUCAGUUGAUAAACAGGUUCAAUAAAUUUGUCAAUUCACCAAACUAAGCUUCUGAAUCCUGUGAAAUAGUCUGUUUCCAAUAGAGAUUUGAAAGAUUCAGUUACAGCAGUGAAUUUUACAUGACAUUUUUAAUUGAGUAUGCAAUUCAUCCAUUGGAUUUAAUCUGUGAAAGUAACACCAUUUUGUAGUUCAUUGACGGUGCAUGGUACUUGGGGAGUCAAGCUUUUGAAUGUACACUUUCUAGGUGUCAUUGUGUUCAAAGUAGGCAAAGAAAUCUAAAAAAUUGUCCUUUACACUUUAUUUUACAGUAAGAGUUUGGUAAGGAUGAAUAAUGCAAUGCCUGAAAACACUAAACGACAUUUUUGUUGUUAAUUAAUGCCAUCUCUGUGGGUUACUGUAUGCAUUUUCCAUUAACUUUUAAUACGUAUUUAACCUAAAUGGUAUAUGCAUUGUAAAACUUUGCAUAGGGCUGCUAAAAAGAUUUCACAUCUGAAAAUUUCAUAACUCAGAGAAUGUUAGUGAUUCUGUACCACAAACUCCAUCACGUGUAUUUUGCUGUAAAAAAGUUGAUGUUUUUUAAUUAAUAAAAGCACAUGCCUGAAAGAA